AUGUUCCUGGUUGACCCUGUGGUGGGCGCCAUAUGGGAUCCAGAUCCCCUUCCUGCUGACAGACAGAAGACGAUACCAGGUCUUCCUACCCGCCGAUCCCCACAGACGGACAGACGGACAGACGGAGCCCGCGCCGUGCGCACUGCAGGCCUCAUCAGAGCCUUUGUCGGGAAUUCCCUGACGGGGACCUUGGGGACGCUCAGUGGUGCCCAGCUGACUGUUCGAGGCCAGGUCCAUGGAGGGGACAAGUUCGAGAACACCCUGAUCUUCAACAACUCAGGUAUGCCGGGAUCGGGGGCUGUGAACUUCUCCUGCCUCAUUUACAGAAUCACCUUCAUGAACUGCACCUGGGUGCCUGGCCCUGCCGCACCCGCGGAUGUCAUCUAUCACCUGUACUCCUGGUUUAACAGGGAUGACGAUGAGGUCGAAUGUCCCCAGUACCUUCUGGAUUUGAGGGGGACCCGCGUGGGCUGCCAUUUUGAUCAACUCGGGGAACCCAACCGCUGGGAUAAUUAUUUCUUCUUCAUCAACGGAACCAGCCAGGAGUCGCUCAUCCCAUUCGUGGAUUUUGUCCCAUUCGUAGCCGUUCAAAACGAAAAGUACAAUGCCCCAGCAAAUGUCACCGUCCACAACCGAGGACCGGAAACUGUCAUCGCGUGGGACAAUCCACACAGGAGGUUUGACCUGGCACCUGCGACCUUCUGUUACGAGCUUGACCUUCAGAGAAAGAUCUUCCAGAGGGGACAAGACAGGAAUGAGUACCGGGUGCCCAGGUCCCAGGGGGACACGGAAAGUACCGUGCGCAUCCGGGUCCGUCACCUGCGGGGUCACCUGUGGAGCGACUGGAGCCAGACGCUAAGCUUUGGUGUCCCCAAGGACAGCCAUGGCCACCUCGCCGUGACCCUGGGCCUGGUGGUGGGGACAGUGGCCAUGUGCACCGGGGUCCUGCUGCUCCUCUGCAAAAGGUGUGCACUGAGGAGAAAGCUGUUUCCAAAUAUCCCGCAGGUGAAAGGUGACUUUUCCACCAUCUUUAUCUCAAACCAGGAGGUCACCUGGGCGCACACCUGUCCUCCAGCCGAGCCCCGGGAAGCCGAGGACAUCCUCACGGUGCAGGACACAUCGUAA